AAACCACAUCUCUUCUCUUAAAAAAUCAGACACUUCUUCUUCUUCAUUCUCGUGUCCAAAAUAAUCUCGCUUUCUCUUCUUCGUCUGCCAAAUCACACAACAGGAACAGAUGGCUGCUUCAUCGGCUUGUCUUAUCGGGAGUGGGUUAUCUGUCUACACAACAAAACAGAGGUCCCAAAAGCUUGGCCUUGAUAGGACAUCUAAAGUUACAGUUGUGAAGGCUUCUUUAGAUGAGAAGAAACAAGAAGGAAGGAGAGGUUUCUUUAAACUCUUACUAGGAAACACUGCAGCUGGAGUGGGUUUGCUUGCAAGUGGGAAAGCAAAUGCAGACGAACAAGGGCAAGGUGUUUCUUCGUCUAGGAUGUCAUAUUCUAGGUUCCUAGAGUAUUUAGACAAGGGAAGGGUUGAGAAAGUAGAUUUGUAUGAGAAUGGGACUAUAGCUAUUGUAGAGGCUGUUUCUCCUGAGUUAGGUAACAGGAUUCAGCGUGUACGCGUGCAGCUACCUGGAUUAAGUCAGGAGCUUCUCCAGAAGUUGAGGGCAAAGAAUAUUGAUUUCGCAUCACAUAAUGCUCAGGAGGACCAAGGUUCUCCAAUACUCAACUUGAUUGGGAAUCUUGCAUUCCCGGUUAUCCUGAUUGGCGGUUUGUUCCUUCUCUCGAGAAGGUCUUCUGGUGGAAUGGGUGGCCCUGGUGGUCCUGGUUUCCCACUUCAAAUUGGUCAGUCCAAGGCAAAGUUUCAGAUGGAGCCAAACACUGGUAUAACUUUUGAUGAUGUUGCUGGAGUCGAUGAAGCUAAGCAAGAUUUCAUGGAAGUGGUGGAGUUUCUGAAGAAGCCUGAGAGGUUUACUGCUGUUGGUGCCCGGAUCCCCAAAGGUGUUCUCCUUAUUGGCCCUCCUGGUACUGGGAAAACCCUGUUAGCAAAAGCCAUUGCUGGUGAAGCUGGUGUACCCUUCUUUUCCAUCUCGGGUUCUGAGUUUGUUGAGAUGUUUGUCGGUGUUGGUGCAUCAAGGGUCCGCGAUCUUUUCAAAAAAGCCAAAGAAAAUGCUCCGUGCAUUGUUUUUGUGGAUGAAAUAGAUGCUGUUGGUAGGCAAAGAGGAACAGGAAUUGGUGGAGGUAAUGAUGAAAGAGAACAGACCCUUAAUCAGCUCCUGACUGAAAUGGAUGGUUUUGAGGGUAACACUGGUGUAAUCCUAGUUGCUGCAACCAACAGAGCAGACAUUCUUGACUCGGCUUUGCUAAGACCAGGGCGGUUUGACCGGCAGGUAUCUGUUGAUGUUCCAGAUGUUAAGGGAAGAACAGACAUACUCAAGGUCCACUCCGGGAAUAAGAAAUUUGAAAAUGGUGUUUCACUUGAAGUAAUAGCCAUGAGAACGCCUGGAUUUAGUGGAGCUGAUCUUGCAAACCUCUUGAACGAGGCUGCCAUAUUGGCUGGCCGCCGUGGAAAGACAGCAAUAUCAUCAAAAGAGAUUGAUGACUCAAUUGAUAGAAUUGUAGCUGGCAUGGAAGGAACAGUCAUGACAGAUGGGAAGAGCAAAAGCUUGGUUGCUUACCAUGAA